UUUACAGAGACAGUCUGCUUUUUCAUUGAACGCAUUCACUCAACGUCAAAACAAAUUGAAAUUUUCCAUAUGACUUUGAAGUAUAGAUUUACGACAGAAUUUUCCUCAAAUUUUCCAGAAAGUAAUUGAAUUUUUAUAUCGCGUAGACUUAUGCUGCGAUAAGUCGAACUAUAUUAAAGUAAGAAAUCAAAAUCAUUGGUAAUAUCUGUGCCCCAGUUUAACAUUUCCUGGAAAUAGAAUUUUCAUUCGAGUAACAAUGGAUAACUUUCCGUCGUAUCAGAAUGGAAAUCAUGGUAAACAGCAAGAUUUCCAGAAAUUGGCCCUAACUGUGGAGACUAGCAUCCAGAAAAUCUCUCAAAAUGUUUCUUCCAUGCAACGUAUGGUAAAACAAGUUGGAACUCAUCAAGACUCCCCAGAAUUGAGGAAACAAUUGCAUUCUCUUCAACAUUACACUCAAAAACUAGUGAAGGAUACUAAUGGAUACAUCAAAGAACUCAACAAUUUCUCAGUCUCUUCACCCUCAGAACAGAGGCAAAUCAAAAUGCAAAGAGAAAGACUUCAUGAUGAAUUCGCUGCCACCUUAAACCGAUUUCAGAUGGCGCAGAGAAGUACAGCUCAGAAGGAAAAAGAACAGGUCAACAAAGUCAGAGAGCAGAACUUUAGCGAACCAUAUUUAGAAUCCAACAGGAAACAGCCACUCAUUGAGCUUCAAGAUAGUAACUAUUCUAAGCAGCAAAUGCAGAUGCAGGAAACUGCUGAUUUGAGGGCUUUGGAAGAACAAGAACAAUCAAUCAGAGAGCUUGAGAAUGAUAUCCGAGACGUGAACGAUAUUUUUAAAGAAUUGGGCGUGCUUGUUCAUGAACAAGGAGAGAUAAUUGAUAGCAUUGAAGCCAAUGUAGAGAAAACUGAAAGCUUCGUUCAUCAAGGGGCAACUCAGUUGAGGGAAGCCAGCAACUAUAAAAAUAAAAUACGAAGGAAAAAAGUUAUUCUAGCUGUUAUUGCUGCUAUUUUUUUGACUGUGAUUAUUCUGAUCAUAUAUUAUGGAAGCAAAAAUUAAAUAAACAACUAAAUAUCAGAUAACUAUGGGAGAUGUAGUGGUAAAAUUCAUAAAUUUAUCACCACCAACAUAAUUUUUAUAAAUUUUGAAACUUUGUUUCCUUCACUAAAUGGUUCUUGUAUGGUCUGAAGUUGUUGAAUUGUUGCAGAAAUAUUUAUAUAUAAAUGUAUCUAUGCUAAAUGAAAAUUAUUAUAUGCAUUGAAGUCCUCUUUAUCAUAUUCACAUUGGGGAGAAUCAGAAUGAAGACCCUUCCUUUCUUGGCAAGUUAUUUCACCAACUCUUCUAGUUUCAUUACGUUAAGUUCACCCUUAAUAAACCAUUCCAAGGUAUUAUUUAACUUUUCCUCUCUCUAUAAUGUACUCGGAAAUAGUUAUAUAUUUAAUAACUUCUCUCUUAACGUUAACUUUUAUUUUGUUUAGACUUUAGUAGUGAGAUUAUUUUAAUCAAAUUUCUUGUACAUUUUUCUUCUGUAUCUAGUGAUUUCUAUGUAUAUACGAUAUGUUAGUAAAA